GUUAACUUGCCCGGCUUCUGGCUUUUCCAGGUCUCGGGAAUCCUCUGGGAUGCCUGAGAGUGUCUCUCUCCUGCCCCCAGUCUGGCUCCCACCAUGAGUGCCGAGCUCAACGUGCCUGUGGACCCCUCCACUCCAGCCUGCUCUGAACCGGGCCACAAGGGCAUGGAUUACCGAGACUGGGUCCGCCGCAGCUACCUGGAGCUGGUCACCUCCAACCACCACUCCGUGCAGGCCCUGUCCUGGAGGAAGCUGUACCUGAGCAGAGCCAAGCUGAAGGCCUCCAGCCGGACCUCUGCCCUCCUCUCUGGCUUCGCCAUGGUGGCCAUGGUGGAGGUGCAGCUGGAGACGCAGUACCAGUACCCCCGGCCGCUGCUCAUCGCCUUCAGCGCCUGCACCACGGUGCUCGUGGCCGUGCACCUGUUCGCCCUGCUCAUCAGCACGUGCAUCCUGCCCAACGUGGAGGCCGUGAGCAACAUCCACAACCUCAACUCCAUCAGCGAGUCGCCGCACGAGCGCAUGCACCCCUACAUCGAGCUGGCCUGGGGCUUCUCCACCGUGCUGGGCAUCCUGCUCUUCCUGGCCGAGGUGGUGCUGCUCUGCUGGAUCAAGUUCCUGCCCGUGGACGCGCGCCGCCAACCCGGCCCCGUGCCCGGCCCCGGCGGCCACACGGGCUGGCAGGCCGCCCUCGUGUCCACCAUCAUCAUGGUGCCCGUGGGCCUCAUCUUCGUGGUCUUCACCAUCCACUUCUACCGCUCCCUGGUGCGCCACAAAACCGAGCGGCACAACCGCGAGAUCGAGGAGCUGCACAAGCUCAAGGUGCAGCUGGACGGGCACGAGCGCAGCCUGCAGGUGGUGUGAGGGCGCGGCGCCCUGACCCCGCCGCAGGCUCGAGACCACAGUCUUAUCCGUCCUCAUGCCGGAACACCUGGCUGGGUGGUCCUCCCGCAGAAAAUGGAGAUCUGUAGUAAAAAGAGAGACUCUGUUGCUACGAGCCUAGAGCAAAAACAGCCUGCCUUGUGGGGCUUGGGGGCUUCCUGUGGCAGGAGACGGGGCUCCAAGCGGCCCCCAGGUGUCACGGGCCAUCUCCGUGAUGGGGAGCCAGCGGCCGGCGGGGGCGGGGAGAGAGGGGGAGGGCUGAGGCUUUCAGAGAAGGGAUCGCCCCGUGACCCCUGAGGGGGGUCUCACAGUGCUGCCCUGCUGCGAUUAGACCGGGCGCAGGCCCACAGCUUGGCCCGGUGCUUCCCUCCCCUGCCCUGGGACGAUUAGGUGGCCGGGCUGACAGGGGAGAGGCAGGAGUCGGGGGUCCCUGGUCCGCUUAGCAGGCGCGGUGGGUGCCUAGCCGGGCUUCGGAUUGGUCCGGCCCUGGGGAAGACUUCCGAUGGUGGCCUGACGGGGCUGGGGAGGCACGUGUGUGGGCGUCCCGUGUGAGGUGGGGGGAGGGGGUGUACUCUGGGGCACCCUGGGCUCAAGUUUGCUCUUCCCAGUCAGCCUGGAGCCCCGGUCACGCUGACCCAGCAAAGCCACCAGGGUGGGGAAGGGGCCCACAGUGCAGAGCCCUCGAUCUUUGGGCUACAGAAUAGCGUUUGGGCCCACGUCGGCUGCUCCACCAGGCUAUGGCCGCCAAAGCUACUGGCCCAGACAGCAGCUGGUGCUUCCCGUCUCCCUGCUGCCCGUGACCACAGGAGGCGGGAGGGCGCAGCCUAGGGGACCUUCUGUCUAGACAAGGCCCGUUGUCCUAACCUGGCGCAAUGUGAGAUCUGCUUUUAAUGAUGUGGGCAGUAGCUGCAGGGAGGGCGAGACCCCCAGUCCUCUCGGCCACACGCAGGGGCCCAGCUCACGCAUUUCCGUGGCCGCGUGCCAUGUGGGUUCGGAUGUUUUCACUAGACCAGAGCCCGUGUUCUUGGGCCGCGCACAUAACGUACUACGGUUCAGCCUGGGGUGAGCAUGCCGUACCCCGAGCUGCUUUUAAAACCCAUGUUUACCACAUCGGCCAGCAGCAGCCUGGAGAGGGAGCCUUUCUUGUUUCCGCCGUCAUCGGACGUCAUGCUCUGAUGGCAUUUCUGUGGACAGCUUACUCUCUCUCUCUGGGGUCUGGGUUGCCUGUGCCGAGAAAUCCUGGCUGGCCUGGCUGCGGCUGCGGCGGGUGUGACAUACUGUUGAGCACGUACACCUUCACACAUAACCAAAAUGCCAAGGGGCUGUGUGGGAGCCGUGCCAGGAGUCACCGUGAUGUCGGGACAUUAUGGGAGCCUGGACAUUGGGUUCCAUGGAGCCAGACGAGAGCCUGGCGUCUUCCACGGGGCGCAGUCCUGGCUGUCUGCAGACGUCUUUCGUUGCUUGCUCUCUGGCGCGUGUCUGUUCUCUCCUGGAGCCUUGUUGAAAAGGCUUGUCUGGCUUCGUAUGUAUUUGCUUUGUGUCCGAGUCACUGUAAGACAGCCACUGUGUGUCCUAGCCGGGACGGGACAGGCUGGCUCCUCCCCACAGCUGGGAGUGGGCAGCAGGCCCUUCCUCUAGCCUGAGCCUUCGGAGAGGGGCUGUCCUGGCCUCACUUUCUUGGGCCAUCUGGUGUCCCUGCCCCAAGUGCGCCAGACGUGUCAAGCUCCCCAGACUGGAAAGCACCCCCAGUGCCAGCUGGGGGCUGGUGGUUAAUGCCCGUUCUGCGGGCAGAGCUGCUGGCCUGGCUGCCUCGGGCUAGACACUGGGUGACCCGUGACCAUGCUGCACGGGUAGCAAAGAUGCCACAUCCCGUGUUUUUAACGGUGAUUAGAAGAAUGUAGUUCUUGUUCUCUUUCCUCUAGAGUGUUCUCCCAGCUCCCAGCAGCAUGGGGCAAGCAGAGUUUCUGUGGGAACAGAGAGGACCAUGGGUCUGGGGACUGGUGGUCUGUGGGGAAUCUCAGGGUAGCCCCAUAGCUUUGGCUAUUCGGAGCUGCCGACACAACUCAGCGGGGCGGGCUGGGGCAGGGGGAGGCCGAUGAUGAGCCGGAAAGGCAGUUUGUGGAGGUUUAACCUGAUUGUGAGCCUUCCAGGCGCCUGGCCGCUCGGGGUGAGGCACCGCGCAGGCCGCCUUGGAGCCAGCGAGGGCUUGCCCUACUUUCCUCUGCGCAGGGCCUUCCCGGGGCUCACGAUCUAAGCGGCCAGAGUCGCUGAAGCCCUCUCCAAAGUGGAACACGGUCUCCCUUUAGUACCGGACCAGAAGUUUCCAAACCCAAGUGUUUCUAUUUUAGAAACUGCAAGGGCAGAGUGUAUUCUCAUGUCUUCUAGGAAAGUCUGGUGAGGCUUAGAGCGCGUGAGUCUGAGCGCAUCAGGGCUCCGCGGCAGCGGUUACCUGUCUCGCGCUGAUUAAUUCAUUAUGCAUGACACUGGAGACCACAUACAGUGAACAUCACCCCUAUCCUGUGUGCGGGUUUUUCACACAGUUGCCUGGGAUUGAACUGAAUAAAUCAGUGCCUCUGUGA